GCAAGCGCCACGAGGAGGUCCUCGAACUCUGAAGGAAACCUGCGAAGCCUCAAUUGUGCAGCAAUUCUCUAUUAAUAACAAUGAAUAACUGGGAAUGCGAUCGUACAUCGAGAUAAAAUGAAAUUCGCGGGCGUUACAUGGCGGAGCAUUACGUAGUCGCUGGCCACGAGGCACCCACGUCGCGAUGAUCAGCAGCGACGAUCGCUCAAAGCCAAGGGCUUCACCUGAGGGGACACGGCGCGCGUAGGCAGCCGUAAAAAGCGACUUUCCGCCUGGCCGUGCUCUUUCGAUUACUCGCCGAAAGGAAAGGGUGCGCGCGUUAUAUAGUCUUCCGUCUGGCGCGGGUCCAGUCGUCGAAGGCAAAAGUAGUAUCAGCGAUCAGUCAAAGUUGGUGCGUCGGUGGCGUGGACUUUGAGAAAAUCGCACGGCUGCGCGAUGCACGCGCCCGCGUUCCCUCGCCUGGUCUCCUCGGUGCUCUCCCAGUUUACGAGUCGCAACCGGCAGACAGACAACAACCAGGAAGCGACCAACAGCCACCGACGUACGUCGAUACGCGAAGACCGGUGGUGGUUUCCUAAGCCCUCCACGAUCCACACUCGCAAACAAUGGUCGAUUACUACAAAGUGCUCGAGGUACAGCGAACCGCUAGCAGCGCUGAUAUCAAAAAGGCGUAUAGAAAGUUGGCAUUGAAAUGGCAUCCGGACAAGAAUCCAGACAAUUUGGAAGAAGCGAACAGAAGAUUCAAGGAGCUCUCGGAAGCUUACGAGGUCCUGAGCGAUGAGAAGAAGAGGCGCGUUUACGAUCAGUAUGGCAAGGAAGGUCUUCAAAUGCCCGGCGGGAAACGCCGUCACGGAGACGAUUUCGAUCCACACUUUGCCAGCACGUUCGUCUUCAGAGAUCCCGAGGAGGUAUUCAGGGAAUUUUUCGAAGGAUCGCCGUUCGAGGAUCUGCUCGCCGGUUUUCAUGGUGGCGGUUCCCGAAGAGGUACUACGGGAAGACAUGGUCACUCGGCUAAUAACAGUUUGAGUACUUCCUUCUUCGGGCCCUUUGGAUUCGGAUUUCGCCUGCCGUUCGAUCUUAUGGACAAUGCCGGCGCCACGGGGAACUUCACCUCUUUCAACACCUUUACCAGCUUCGAUGGUGCAAGUGGUGGUAGCGCUAUGAAGCGUACCAGUACCUCCACUCGUUUCAUCGACGGGAAAAAGAUUACGACGAAAAAGGUCUUCGAAAAUGGGAAAGAAACGAUAAUGUCUUACGAAAACGACGUACUGAAAUCAAAGACGGUGAACGGCGUGCCACAAUCAAUAACGUCCGACGAAGCAUCAACGAGUCGUCUUCAAGUUCGUGAGAACGCCAACGAUAACACGAUGGGUAGCCACAGCUCGAGCGCGACCGGCAGUGACUAUCUAAAAGCUAGCAGAAUAAAGACGCGUCACCAUCCGCACACGAGCAAGAAGCACGAUAGAAGUAAGAGGAAAUGAAUUGCUUCGCUCUUGUCAUGUUCCUUACGUGUCCAAAUCAUCGACGAGUGCGCGUUAUAUGCGACAGAUACGACAGAUGAGGACUUGAUUCAGAUAAAUUUUCAUUUUAUUGUCACUAUAUAUACUACUCGAUGUUGUUUAAUGAAUAUCCGAAGAGCGAAACAGCAUUAUUUCUUGCGGCUGUACGUACCGAUUUGCUGAUUAGAGGAAGAGAGUAAUGUCCUACUGUCCAACAACUAUUCGACUGGCUUUCACAUAUCUACGCGAUUCGGUUAAUAAAAUUCAUUGCAAAAGACAACAGCAUUCGUCAGCUAUUCGUUUGUUCCGAGAGCGAAGCGGCGCGCUAUCCACUAUCAGUUGAAUCAUUUAAGUUUUGUAAAAAAGGGAGGAAGAAAACGAGCAAUUGGAGUCUAGUUAGAUAGACUUGUGAUAGCGUAUCGCUUGUGCCACUAUUGACAGGUGUAACGUCUGCUUCGCCUCCACCUUUAGACAACAACCGAUCGCUAACUUAAUUCUCAGUUAAACGUUUAUCGCUAGGUUACAGAGCUGACGUAAAUCUAAAUGAUUUGUCAGAGUAAUAAAAAAAUGCCUUAUGCAUCUCUCGCAUCUCGGUUAAUGAUAGUGUAAUUUAUUUUCGUCGCUGCGUACUUUUUACUGUCGUUGGCUAUAGCGUUAUUUACUGAUCUAAGUUUUAGCUAAGUACGCCGUUACACGGAGAGAUACGCCGGAAUCGGAACAGUGUUAGAGGAGCUGUCUUUAAUCGUAUGUUUCCUUCUCGAUUAGUUACUUAUGUGUAUAUAAUGAUAAGAAAAGAAAAUGUUAUAGAAAUACAUUAUUAAUAUACAC